GGACAUGCCCACCCAUUUCUUUUGUAAGAUAAUAAUUUCUGAAUAUCAGCAAAGAUACGACAAGUUUGGUUCAACGAUUCGCAUAACUGCAAAAUGUGUUGAUAAGAAACUCAUCAAUCGCUAUUCAAUUAGCGUAUAAUGCUCUUAUGAUCCUGACAAAAAAAUAAAUUAAGAGAUAUGGUUUUGAUGACAAUGAGGUAAAGAACAGAUUGCCAUAAUCUAAACUUGUUCAAAAAAUUCUUCAAUGAAUUUAUUUUAUUUUAAUAACAUUUUUCUACUUUUUUUUC